UCAAAAAAAAGUUUAACAAACUUAUUUUUCUUUGAGGGCCGAAGUUUAAAAAGUGAUUAAUAUGAAAUGUUUUCACACAUCGUAGGGUUAUAUCACAAAAAAUUGGCGUACUUUUAUUAAGUAGGGUAUUUUAACGGUAAGUAAACCACAAUUACAUCAUCUUUGCUGAAUGGUUACCGCACGUGCUUUGUGCCGGCAAGUUGCUGAGAAAACUGGCGAUACUUUUCUUCCAGGGUUUUGGGCUGAUGAUGGAGGAUAAAUCGGUCUAUUCUACGAGCCGGUUAGAACUUUGCUCGUACAGGUGUUUGCAGAAACUUGCUAAAUCCCUGAAACUGCCGUCGAACGUGAAAAAAGUGUAUCUAGUGGAAAUGAUAAAUGCCAAGAAGUGUUCCCCGGAAUCCGAGGUGCAGCGGAUCAUCCGUCGAGUGAAGCAGGAGCGAAAAAACCUCACACAAGUCAAGAAGAGGAGCAGGCAGACUGUAAUAACUAUAGACUCAUCAAGCAGCGAGUCAUUGUCUCCCGCAAUAAGUGAGACACCGAAACGCCCACCGUGCAUGCUGCGUUGCUCGGAGCUGCGCCAUCAGAUGAUGCGCUCUCAGAACAGCGUAGUCAGCACUUCACACCCAGGAAGCGACCGCGUCCUCCGCAGCUGCAACGUCAAACUCAAGCCCUUCAUGAACAAGUUCGUUGAAGUCAACCAACGCCACGUCGACAUGGUCGAACAAGCCAAGCCGAUGAACGUGCGUGUUAUUAAGAAGUGCAAACCCAACAUACUGUCGAAUAAGGAGAGACAGAUAGCGCCGAUUACACAGCUAGGCAUUUCAGGAGUGAAGUCGACCAAUGACAUUGACGUGGUCGACCAAGCCACGCAGAUGAACUUACGUGUCAUUAAGAAGUACAAACCCAACGUACUGUCGAAUAAGGAGAGACAGAUAGUGCCAGUUACACCGAUAGGCUCAAGACAAAUCCUCGUAAAGCGUCAGAGGCUGCUGAGCGGCAUCUACCCCAUCGCCAAGGAGCUAGUGCCCGUUGGGGGAGUGGGCGUCCGCAACAGCGAGGGCAAGAUGUCCGCGCUCGCCGCCUUCAUACACAAGCCGCAGGAUGAUAGCUAUACCAGCACGCGAAGUAACAACAGCUUGAAGCGCAAUAUCGAGCUAACGCUACAGGAUAUCAUCAACGGGAAUGUAGAACAAGCUACCAGCCUCAACUACCCUAACAACAACUUGGCACGCAACAUCGAGCUGACGCUUCAGGAUGUCAUCAACGGGAACAUAGAACAAGCUACCAGCCUCAACUACCCUAACACCAGCGGUAACUUAUCUUGUCUUAAACGUUGUAACAACAGCUUGAAGCGCAACAUCGAGCUGACGCUGCAGGAUGUCAUCAACGGGAACAUAGAACAAGCUACCAGCCUGAACUACUCUAACACCAGCGGUAACUUAUCUUGUCUUAAAUGUUGUAACAACAGCUUGAAGCGCAACAUCGAGCUGACGCUUCAGGAUGUCAUCAACGGGAACAUAGAACAAGCUACCAGCCUCAACUACCCUAACACCAGCGGUAACUUAUCUUGUCUUAAACGUUGUAACAACAGCUUGAAGCGCAACAUCGAGCUGACGCUGCAGGAUGUCAUCAACGGGAACAUAGAACAAGCUACCAGCCUGAACUACCCUAACACCAGCGGUAACUUAUCUUGUCUUAAAUGUUGUAACAACAGCUUGAAGCGCAACAUCGAGCUGACGCUUCAGGAUGUCAUCAACGGGAACAUAGAACAAGCUACCAGCCUCAACUACCCUAACACCAGCGGUAACUUAUCUUGUCUUAUACGUAGUAACAACAGCUUGAAGCGCAACAUCGAGCUGACACUUCAGGAUGUCAUCAACGGGAACGUAGAACAAGCUACCAGCCUCAACUACCCUAACACCAGCGGUAACUUAUCUUGUCUUAUACGUAGUAACAACAGCUUGAAGCGCAACAUCGAGCUGACACUUCAGGAUGUCAUCAACGGGAACAUAGAACAAGCUACCAGCCUCAACUACCCUAACACCAGCGGUAACUUAUCUUGUCUUAUACGUAGUAACAACAGCUUGAAGCGCAACAUCGAGCUGACGCUUCAGGAUGUCAUUAACGGGAACAUAGAACAAGCCACCAGCCUCAGCUACCCUAACACCAGCGGUAACUUAUCUUGUCUUAUACGUAGUAACAACAGCUUGAAGCGCAACAUCGAGCUGACACUUCAGGAUGUCAUCAACGGGAACGUAGAACAAGCUACCAGCCUCAACUACCCUAACACCAGCGGUAACUUAUCUUGUCUUAUACGUAGUAACAACAGCUUGAAGCGCAACAUCGAGCUGACACUUCAGGAUGUCAUCAACGGGAACAUAGAACAAGCUACCAGCCUCAACUACCCUAACACCAGCGGUAACUUAUCUUGUCUUAAACGUAGUAACAACAGCUUGAAGCGCAACAUUGAGCUGACGCUACAGGAUAUCAUCAACGGGAACAUAGAACAAGCUACCAGCCUCAACUACCCUAACACCAGCGGAGUGGAAGAUGUACCAGACUUCAUAGAAGUGACCCCAGAGAGUACAAGCUCCGUAUACUAUCACAAGAAGAUCCGCGCAGAGCAAGUUAGAGAGCGACGGAGCACUUUAAACACCAGAUGUGAACUGCCGCGCAUUAACGAGGCAUUCGGCCAGUUCCGAGGCAACCAUAUCCGACAUGACGUCACGCAGCCGCUGUACGUGCAGGUCAGCGAGGAGUCUGAGCGGAUAUUGAACUACCCCCAAUUCGCCAAACGCAACACAAAUCUCCUGGAAACAGUGUACAACUUCAAGAGCCACUUCUUAACCAACCAGCCACUUCUACAGUUGGCGACCACCACAAACACCAAAUGCGUUUACUCCACUCCCACAGUGGCCACCGCGGCACCUCAAAGGCCUGCGACCACGUACACGGAACCAUAUAUGGCAUCGUACGAACGGGACCAGUACUACGGCACCAUGGAUAACUCGCGAAUGAACGACUGUCUCAGGUUCGUCGAGCACGAUUACGACUUCCGGUGCUACGAAGACCCGAACAGAUCGAGUUCGUCCAUUGGAACAGUGCAAUCUCAGGAUCUAGGCGCCAACGUCACCAUUUCUGACAUGGUCGAAGAUGCCUUGGAGCUCAUCAGCCAAGAUGGAGAUUACAUGGAGCGUAUGGGUAUGGACGUCAGAAUGCAGUGCGUUCUGUGCAACUGGGCUGGACCCAAAAUUAUACUCGAAUACCACAUUAGAAAGGAGCAUUCCAACGACAUCGACAAGCAAGAGAAGCGAGAGUGGAACAUCACGUACUCGCUGGGCAGCGUGCACCAACAGCUGUGGAAGUCCCGGGUUAUAGAGCACGAGUCCGCGCUCUACGUGCUCAGCGUCAAGUACGAGCCGCCGGGGUGCUUCCUCGCCACGUUGGCGACCCUCACAACAGACCCAGAGCUAACCACCGGCAGCAUAACCGUCUUCAACAAGGUCACCGGCGAGCCCCACACCUGGAUCGGCGAAAUCCAAGAGCUGCCCCCCAGCCUACCUUAUGACAACCAACCAGGCCUACAACUAGAUUUAGCAAGCCUAGACUUGAUACCUAACAGUGCCAACUUGAAGUUGAUGAAUGGGGAAUUGGUAUUGCAAUCUCCGAGCAAGGUGGUGUUUGGGCAGAUAGAAUUGAAUGAUAUACAUAUUAUUCUUUUUGUUAAGAUAUCUUAACAAACAUGUUAAACGAUACGGGUUUUUGUCGGUAG